AUGGAGGCGUCUUGCCUUCCUGCAAUACUAUCUCGUGGUCCCAUGGCUUGUGUUCUGGUAAAGCCUCAUGGCCCUUUCUUUAUUCGAAUAGUUUCUUGUACUUCUGGUAUUGUCCCGGUAUUGGUGCUUCUUCCUGUUUCUUUACAAGGGUGUUUUCAAGCACUUCUUCUGCUUAUUCCUCAUUUGUACAGGAGGUCACCUUCCUUCACCGUUAAUGGAGGACCCUAUACUGGGCGCCCUAAGUCGAUAGAAUUGUUCGCCUUCAAUUCUCCAUCGCACCAAUCGAGUUUGGAGUUGUGUGCCUUCAACUAG